AUGAGGAAGAAGGUGAAGCUUGCUUUCAUUGAAAAUAACUCGUCGAGGAAAGCACCCUUUCAAAAAAGAAAGAAAGGUUUGCUGAAGAAAGUGAAGGAACUCUCGACUCUCUAUGGUGUCACUGCCUGUGUCAUCCUCUACAGUCCCAAUACGUCCAAUCCAGAUGUCUGGCCAUCGAAUUCUGGUGUGCAAAGGGUAGUUUUAGAUUUCCAGACAUUGCCGGAGAUGGACCAACACAAAAAGAUGCUGGACCAAGAGACCUUUCUCAGACAGAGGAUCACCAAAUUGUCCGAGAAUCUGAGGAGGCUGGGGAAGGAUAACAGAGAGCAAGAGAUGAUUGAAGUCAUGUUCCAAUGUUGGGAUAGAAGCCUGGGGAGGUUUCAUCUCAAUAUUUUGGAUCUCAAUGACUUAGGUUAUGUGAUUGAUCAAUAUCAAAGAGAUAUUAAUCACAAGAUUGAGAUUUUGGGGAGUUCUAAUAUGGAGAUGGGUGAAUCUUCUAAUACUGCUGUCACUGCAGCUAUGGCUCAUUCUUCUGAAGGCAUUGGAUCUUUGGCAAUUGCUUCGGCAACAACUGCUCCAGCCGCUACGAUUCAUGAGGUUUAUUCUUCCUCCUCAUCUGCUGCUGCCGCGACUUUUUUUAACUCUAUUCAGCAACAGCAACAUCAUCAUCAACAUCAACAAUUUCGUCAUCCUGCCACUCCACAUGUUGGAUUCUAUGAGCAAACUCAAAAUAUGAACCUGAAUCAAAUUCAUAAUGAGAUCCAACAUCAACAUUUUAUGGAGAUGAUGAACCAUCCUGACCAAAUGAGUUAUGAGCAUAUGUAUAACCGCCGCAACCCCAACCACCACAACCCCUUCCACCACCACCAGCACCAGCACCACUAUCUUUACCACCAACAGCAACAACAGCUAAUCGCCAGUGAUUCCUCUACUGCUUUGACCACAGUCAGUUCAAGCAGUAUCAUCCAUGUUACCAGUAAAAAUCCUACCAAUAAUACAUGGUUCUAUUAG